AGUUUCAAAAACAUAAUUUUCAGACACUUUGAGUUGUUUAUUGACUUAAUUCAUCAUCUGAUCUGGCCCUUCUACGAUGAGCAACAACCCUCUUCUUACCAGCGAACCCACCACAGUAUCUGCAUACCCGAAUCCCCCUAUGUGUUUCAUAUCGCAAUACACUGACGAAGCAGUGGCGGCAGAUGAGGCUCCCAAGCCCCCUCCAGUACCUCCGUGGCCACAGUUUUCCAUAUAUGGUCAAGAGUACUCGGUGUCCACCGAAGAGCCGAUUGUGAGCUCACUCGAAUCUCAAGGCAUUCCACGACUGCAUCCUUUAGAGUUCGAUCACAAGGAGCAGUUGAAAAAGAUGAACCACUCAGUGCUGCUCAACUUUUUGGAUCUGAUUGACAUCCUUGUUAGGAAUCCAGCGAGUGACCAGGAAAGGGAGCAGAAACUGGACAGUCUCAACAGUCUGUUGGUUCACAUGAUGCACCUUGUGAACGAGUUCAGGCCCCACCAGGCCAGGGAAACAGUACGCGUCAUGCUCAAGGUACAAUUAAAACAACGUUCUGAAAUUUGCGACCGUCUUCAACAAUUUUACGACAAGCUGCAAGAUCAGUUCAAACAUUACCUUGAAGUGGUUCCUGAAAAGCUUAAAGCUCACAUUCCUUUUGAAGAUCUGAAAAAACUGGAUGAUCUCCAAAGUUCAAAACCCGAACCAGAGAUGGUCAAAGAAAACGAAAUUUUGAAACGGCCUCGAACUUUGGAUUAUCCAAAUGGUGAAACAAAGCAGGAAUCGCGGCUAAAUAACAACCAUGAUGUUAAUGUUGCUCUCAGUUUGGAUUCUGCUGAUAGUUGAUUUUGUAUAUUUAAUGUUUUCUUGUAUACUUAAUGUUUUCUGUAGAAAAAAAAGCGGAUUCUAUUUUUUUGUGAAGAUGCA